UAAUCACGUUUUAUUGCAGCAUUAGUCCCAUCUCAUUUCUUAGCGAUCAAUUGAACGGUAAUACGUCUUCAGAACUGACUCAGACAUGUUGGUGCCUACGUUUUUGACUAUACUGUCCUUACAUUCGACUAUUGUAGCUGAAAUGACUGCACCAGGAAUUGACAGAACAGUGAGUGAUGGAGUUAGAAGUAUGGGAUACAAUGUUGUGUAUGGAGACGAAGAUUUGGUAGUUAUAAACCAGGUCGUAAGUGAUUCAGAAAAGUUAGAUACAAUGAAGAGAAAUUCUAAUUUAAAUGAACUUAUUCCGCCUUUACCAGCACUAGAUGUUAAGUGCUUGAUGUCAGUUGAUCGAUACUGUACUAAAGAAAUGAGUGAAAUUAAAAAUGUACUCAUAGAAGCUUUAAAAGACGAUUGCGCGAAGUGUACAAAGAAGCAGAAAGAAAGAGCAGGCAAAGUAGUCGCUUCGAUGAUGGCUCACGAUCACGCGGCCUGGAAGCUCUUCCUCACAAGGUACGACAGUCUCAACAAAAUUCAGCGGAUUCUUGGAUAAAAUGACACGUCCGCGUUACAAAUUUUACCUCAAAAAAAGCCACAAAUCGAAGAAACGUCUAAAUUUAAAGUAAAAGGUGAUCCAGUAUAUAUUGAAAAUGCAAGAAAUAGGUACACACUGCCAGGUGUAAAAGUACGAGUAAAAAGAUAUGCUAUGGAGAAAAUAAAUUAACACUUCCUUAGUCUUACCUACCUUUUUUUGUAUUUGAUAUUGUUAUAAAAUAUAUUAUAAGUGAUGCAAACGUAGUUUAAAUAAAUCAAUAAAUUGCUCCCCAAAUAUUUAUUAGCGACUUUCUUAAAUAAAAUUCAUCAUGUUUUUUUUUUCCAAAAUAGUUUGUCCAGUUCGUUGUAUUGUUAGGUUGAAUAAAACAGAUUUAUUCUCUAA